AUGAAUGUGAACUCGGUGCUGGAAGUCAUCAACUUAUUGGCAGAAAUGCUCCCUGAUCGUGACGCCUGUGUGACCGGCUUCUUGAUUGCCUCCUCUCGUUUGGGCUUCAAACAGUGGGGAAGCGCAACUGAUGGUGGAUUUAAUCCGAAGGAGGCGCUCUCCUGCGCAGCUUUGAAUUCCAUGGGCCAGCAGGGCGUCAUACAGCUUGGAUCCGGCGGCCGCGAAAUCCUGGCAUUGAACGGACUGUUUAAUUUGUCGGUGGUCAGGGCCAAGAUGAAAAGCCACGGAUAUGCCGUCGCUGCCGUCGGCAUGCUGGGUGAAUGCCUUGUGGCCGCAGCUGGCGAUUCGCUGGAGGUUUGGCGCAUUGCCACCUCUGAGCUGUUGCGCAGCCUGCGUGGGCAUGCACUCGCCAUCUGCAGCCUCUCCUGCCGAGGCGGCAUGACCGGAAGCUGCGCUGGCAUCGUCGUUUCCGCUGCCCGCGACGGUCUUGCCAAGGUAUGGUGCAUUGAGACGGGCCAGUGCCUGUCGACCUUGACCUCCUCCUCUUCACAGGUCUGCGCCUAUGCGGAGCUGUACGUCACCUGA